UGGGAAAGGGGCGUGAAAUUUUAUACUUGGUCGUGGUGAAUCAAUGAAGAAUAAAGGACGUGAACGACUGAGCAGUUCAAGGCCGCUGUGUCCUCAAGUUGCCCGCCCAACUAACACAUUUUAGAAAAGGAUCUGCUCUUUCUUUCUCUCUCUUUUCAUUUUCAUUUUGGCUUUGAGGAAUGACAACCACCGCCGAGGAUGUGAUUGCAAAAACUGAGACACUUGCACUUGACGGUGGAGUCACGGCUGAGGAGGAGGUGGCAACGGAGAUUGAACCCAAAACUGGGCUUUCCUUUCCCGUUAAACUGGACGAAGGGAAGCUGCUGACUUGUGUUGGUUUGAGGAAGAAGUCCUUGCUUGGCAUUGGCAUCAAGAUUUACGGCUUUGGGAUGUAUGCAGACGGUGGGAAGCUGAAAGAAGUUUUGAAGUCCAAGAUCGGGGAAGCCCCAGAAAAACCCACAGAAGAAAUGUAUCAAGCGGCGAUUGAUAGCGAUGUGGCGAUGACGGUGAGACUGGUGAUUGUUUUUUUCAACGUCACCAUGGGCUCUGUGAGAAAGAAUUUUGAUGAAGGGCUUGGAGCAUCCAUAAAGAAACUCAAUAGUGGAAAGAAGGAUGAUGAGCUAGCAACCAAGGUGAUGGGUGAAGCAUCAGAUGACAUGAAGCUACCAUCUGGUUCUGUAAUAGAGAUUUCUCGUCUUCCUGGACACAUUCUUGAAACCAAAGUGAAGGGUGAGCUGGUGAGCAGGGUGGAGAGUGAACUUAUCUGCAGGGCAUACAUUAACAUGUAUCUGGGAGACGAUCCCAUGGACAAAGAGGCCAAAGAAAAAUUUGGGACUUUCAUGCUUUCUCUCUUCUAAUUCGAAACUGAAACAGAUCCUGGAAUUGAAGAGAGUAAUAUCAAAGUACGUCUUGCUGCCUGAGGAGCAAUUGCUGAAUGAAAAGCACAGAUGUGGAAUUCCAAAUGUUGUCAAUUCACAAUUAUCUGUUUUCUGUACAAAUAUAAUGCAUUUGUUGAACGAAGAAACCAUAUUACGUAGCUUAAUCCUUGAGUUUCCUGUCCCAAAACACAGCCGAAUGUAGUAUGAGAGAGAAUGAUGGAAAUAAGAGUUGUGUUACUUGUGCUUGUUUAUUACAA